CUGAGUGACCGUCAGUGUACGAACAAGUGAGGCGGUGUGUGGUUGUGCGCGUUGUGCUCCUGACAAUACAUUUGCAAUCAUGAGGAAGAAGAGCCCAAAGAAGGAACAAAGCCCCAUGUCACAGAACUACAAGAUCGUAGUUGUAGGAGGCGGAGGUGUAGGGAAAUCUGCAAUCACCAUCCAGUUCAUACAGAGUUACUUCGCGACGGACUACGACCCGACCAUAGAGGAUUCCUACACAAAGCAGUGUGUCAUCGACGACCUGGUGGCCAAGCUGGACAUUUUGGAUACAGCUGGCCAAGAAGAGUUCAGUGCCAUGAGAGAGCAGUACAUGCGCUCUGGUGAAGGGUUUUUGCUUGUGUUCUCUGUCACAGACAGAAAUAGC